AUGCGUAGUUUUCAAGUCCACCGAAAGACGAAAUACGCUAAAGUCCACCCAUCCCGGAAUUUGGAAUAUGUGUGCGUUCCCUACGACACCUACAAUAUCGGAUGCGACAUCUGCUUAUGCCAAGAGGAUGGUGUGCCGGCCUGUACGCAGCGGAACUGCAGUCUGCCAAAGUACGGCGACGUGCAGGUGUGUGACAGCCAGCUGCGGGGCUGUCCGGCCGACUGCGGCACGGCCGGCUCCGACAGCUACUGCCAGUACUGCCAGUGCGGGCCGCGCCUAGAGGAGGGCGACAUCACUGUGGCCAUUGACGAGCCGUGUCCGCCCGGCUUCACCACCAAAGAGCACCAGUUCGCCACCAAAACUUGCUCUCCAGUCCCGGACGGUGGCCGCGAGGGCCGCCAGUACUGUUCUGGUCCGUGUCCAGCCGACUGCGGCGAGGUGUUGGACGCCGCCUCCGGCUGUUACCGCUGCCAGUGCGGGCCGCAGCUGCAGUUCGGUGACGUCCAGGUGGCCAUCGACGCCCCCUGUCCGCCCGGACUGGCCGAGGGACCGAGCCAGUUCGCCACCAAAGUCUGCCUCGGACAGGGCUGCCAGCCGGGCUCGGAGUGGAGUGUGCACCACGACGGCUGUAGCCGGUGUGUGUGCACGGACAGUGGAGAGCCGGCUUGCACGCCGUGCAAACGGGAACCUUCCACAUUUACGCCAACCUGUGACGGAUCAGGCCAGAUCGGGUGUCCCCAAGACUGCGGAAAGACUUACAACGCCGGCAGGGACUGCUUCGAGUGCAAGUGCGGCGUGGGGGAGCCGGGAGACACCCACGUUGGGUUCGAGGAGCCCUGUCCUCCCGGUACCGACUUCAGGGAGUCGGGCGCCUUCUUCAAGGCCUGUGGACCCAUCGACACACUGCCGAAGGGCGACACGAAGAUCUGCGACAGCCUCGAGUGUCCGGCCGACUGCGGCACGGUGCGCGUCUCCACCCAGGAGAACUGCGCCUACUGCCAGUGCGGCCCCGUGCUGGCGCCGGGGGACACGGCGGUGCCUAUUUACCAGCAGUGUCCCCCGUACACGCUGCCCGGUCCCACCCAGCUGACCACCAAGGUUUGCCGGGCCCCCACCAGGGAAGAGUGCAUCCCCGGAUCAGAGUAUAACGUGGGCUGCGAUCUAUGCAUAUGCCAGGAGGACGGUAUCCCGGCCUGUACCAUGCGAGAGUGCAGCCAGUCAGGGUCGCCUGAGGACGGUGAUUCCUCACAGGGAGGCGAGAAUUCGUCCUCCGAGGAAGAUGAGGACGGUGAGGGACAAGGCUACGGCAAGGAUGAGUCCUCAAGCGAUGAGAACAGCUCCGAGGAGGGCUAUUAGACCGUGGAAGGCAAAUCAGCAAUGCCUACGGUUACAGCAAUGAAGAUUGAAGAUGAUUCUCGGCCGAUGUCGCGGUUUGAGCGUUGGAACGGUGUGGCACUGUCAGAAAAGCUGGUGUGACAUGUCGGGUUUGUCGGUGUGAUCUGUCAGGUCGGCUGAUUUUACUUGUCAUAUCACCUUUCACCUGGUUUGACCUGUCAGGUCAGCUGGUUUGACCUGACGAGUCAUACGGUGAGCCUUUCAGGUCAUAGCUUACUCCCCAUCUACUCGGCUCAGCACUACUGCCUCAGCGCUCUGUUGCGCAUCUUCAAACCUGAACAUCUUUACGUUGCAUAAAUCAACAUGAACCAUCCGUAACAUUUUGCAAUUGUCGUGUAAUGUGACGAUCACAAUGUGAUAUGAUGAAUGAUGUCAUUGAAUAACCAUAUUGCACUAUGAAGUCACAAUGCACACUUUGAUGCUUGCCUCAAUUUUGUCAUUGCAGUCUGUUCUUAUCUCAAUAAACAAAGCUGGAUCAG